AUGUAUAGAAACCAAUAUGACACUGAUUGUAUUACUUGGUCUCCACAAGGUCGUUUAUUCCAGGUGGAAUAUGCUAUGGAAUCUGUUAAACAAGGUACUUGUUGUGUAGGCAUAAAAUCUAAUACACAUUUGGUUUUAUGUGCUCUUAAACGUAAGAUAUCGAAAUUAGCUCAAGUUCAAGAUAAGCUUUAUAAGGUUGGUGAAUACAUUGGUGUUGCUAUGUCUGGUAUAACAUCUGAUGCUAAGAUGAUUAUUUCCUAUAUGAGGAAUGAAUGUUUGAGUAAUAGAUUUUUAUACGGAUGUGACAUUACUGCUUCUCAACUUGUGUCUCUGGUUUCCGAAAAAUCGCAGGCCAACACUCAAGUUUCUUCUAAAAGACCUUUUGGAGUUGGUCUUUUGGUUGCUGGUUAUGAUGAAACUACUGGUUUACACUUGUUUGAAACUUGUCCUUCUGGAAAUGUAGUUGAAUUCAAUGCUACUGCUUUUGGUGCUAGAUGUCAAUCUGCAAAAACAUAUCUAGAAAGGAAGAUUGUAAACUUCUCAGAAUCUGACUUGAAUGGACUCAUUUAUCAUGCUAUAAAGGCUUUGAAGACUACAAUACCUAAUGAUGGAGAAUUUGAUGUUGAUGUCAUCUCAGUAGGUGUUGUUGGUAAGGGAACUCCAUGGAAGAUUUUAGAUUCUAACUUUGUUCAAACUUUUGUAGAUAAGGUACUAACCUGA